GGAGAAAAGCGGAGAGAGGGUCGCUCUCCCCCUUGCCAUGGAGCGGAAGGUGGCCAGGGAAUUCAGGCACAAGGUUGACUUGUUGAUUGAUAAUGAAGCGGAAAAAGACUAUCUUUACGAUGUACUACGAAUGUACCACCAAUCCAUGAAUCUUCCAGUGUUGGUGGGAGAUCUGAAAUAUGUAAUCAAUGAACCAAGUCGACUGCCAUUGUUUGAGGCUAUCCGUCCUCUUAUCCCAUUAAAACAUCAAGUGGAAUAUGAUCAACUGACACCUAAGCUAUCUAGAAAACUGAAAGAAGUGAGGCUGGAUCGACUGCAUCCUGAAGGGCUUGGAAUAAGCGUGAGAGGUGGUGUUGAAUUUGGCUGUGGUCUUUUUAUUUCUCAACUAGUGAAAGGUGGACAAGCAGACAGUGUUGGACUUCAGAUUGGAGAUGAGAUAGUUCGAAUAAACGGAUACUCUAUUUCUUCAUGCACUCAUGAAGAAGUGAUUAAUCUUAUUCGCACAAAGAAAAUUGUGUCCAUCAAAGUGAGACAUGUCGGCAUGAUACCUGUUAAAAGUUCUCCUGAUGCGCCUCUGAAAUGGCAGUUUGUAGACCAGUUUGUGUCAAAUCCUGGGGAAGGCAAAAGCAGUGUUGCGGGACUUGCAUCGUCUGGAGGAAAAAGCCAUAAAGAAAAGAAGGUUUUCGUUAGUUUGAUUGGUACAAAAGGCAUGGGAUGCAGUAUAUCCAGUGGUCCUACACAAAAACCAGGCAUUUUCAUAAGUAAUGUUAAACCACAUUCUCUAUGUGCAGAAGUAGGAUUAGAGGUUGGUGAUCAGAUUGUUGAAGUAAAUGGAAUGGACUUUUCAAAUGUGGACCACAAAGAGGCUGUGAAGAUGUUGAAAAGCAGUCCAACUCUGACCAUCACUGUUGUAACAGGCGCUGGAAGAGAGUUGUUUAUGACUGAAGAGGAGAAGCAGCGGGAGGAGUACCAACAUGAGAUGGAACGCCAAGAGCUGAUGCGUCAGAAGCGGCUUGCACUAGAGACCAAUAAAAUUGUGAAAGAGCAGCAAGAAAAAGAGAGACUACGAAAGUUGGAGAUUGCCCAGAAGGCUGCCGAGGAAGAAGAAAGAUACCGUAAAGAAAUGGAACAGAUAACUGCUGAGGAAGAGAAAUUUAAAAAGCAGUGGGAAGAAGACUGGACCCAUAAAGAGCCCCCAAAGCCCCCCAAAACUGUAGUUGCAGAAGUACACCCUCCUCCUCCUCCCAAACAUCGACUAGAUUUAGAUGCACAUGACCAGCCUGCAGCAGAUGAUAUGAGUGGAAAGAACCUGAGAGAGAGCCAACAGGGCUUCCAGAAGUAUGUGGAAGACUUCGAUCCCUAUACAAUGUUUUCCCCCGAUCAGAUAAUGGGAAAAGAUGUCAGACUUCUGCAUAUUAAGAAGGAAGGGUCAUUAAAUCUUGCGGUUGAAGGAGGCAUCGGUUCUCCAAUUGGAAAAAUUGUGGUGUCUGCUGUUUACGAAGGGGGUGCUGCAGACAAGCAUGGCGGAAUUGUAAAGGGGGAUGAAAUAAUGGCUGUGAAUGGCAAGAUUUUAUUGGAUGUUAAGCUGGAGGAAGCUCAAGCAACUCUCACCAGAGCCUGGAACAUGGGUGGGGAUUGGAUUGACUUGAUCAUUGCAGUAUCUCCCCCCAAAGAAUAUGAUGAUGAAAUGACAUUUUUUUAAUAACACGGGAGAGACCAAAUGUAUACAUUGUGAAGAAAACUAC